ACGUCACUGUCAAAUGUCACGAAAAACAGAAUAUUUAUUGUAAUCUGUGAUGUUAUCACAUUGAUAAACUCGGGAAAUAGAUUAAAAUCAAACAAUAUUUUAAAACACAGAAACUAAUAUACUCCUGUGCCUUUUAUAUAUUUGAGUGAUACAGUGAUAAAAUGUGUUGAUAUAACUCAUACAAUAAUGGACCACAAUAGUGCUGGUAGUUCUCCGAAUACUCCGUCGAAGAAGUAUAGCGAGGUCUCAGAUUAUCAGUUGGAGUUACCAGCAUGGAGUGUAGAGAACCUGAAGGCCAUAGCUAUACAUCAGAGACUGCCUCGACCUCGCAGCCUGGCGUGGGCCAUCCUACUACAAUCCCUGCCACCUCCAAACAUGGAUAUGGUAUCAAGCUUAAAGACACAUAGAAACUAUUACAAUGACUUGAGUUCAAAGCUAUCUAUGGACCCGAGAGCUGUGAUUGGAGACGACCCACUGUCACAAGAUGAUGAGAGUGUAUGGAAACAACAUUUCUGCGAUAAUGAGCUGAAAACCCUGAUACUGCAGGAUGUCGUCAGGACAUUCCCUGAGGAGUUGUACUUCAGGGAUAAAGAAGUUCAGGAUCUGAUGGUCCGCAUCUUAUUCUUCUGGGCACGUUCUCAUUCAAACGUGGGUUAUAGACAAGGUAUGCACGAAAUCCUAGCGCCAUUGCUCUUCGAGUUGUAUCUAGAUCGAAAGUUCGCGCCUGAUGAUAUUGGGGAAAAAUUGAAGUGUAUAUUAAAGGAAGAUUGUUUAGAACAUGAUAGCUACAUGCUCUUCAGUGCAAUAAUGAAAGGUUUAGAGAGAUUUUAUACUACGGGUGAUAUCGUGCCAACCUCGUGCGGGAGACUACCCACUUCUAAAAUGGCUCACAAUCCAAACGAGGUAGUAAGAUAUUUGGAUAAAGUGAGAGACGAGUAUCUGAUGCCUCUGGAUCUGGAGCUGUCAACACAUUUAGUACAAUGCAAUAUAUCUAUGGAACUCUUCGGAAUUCGAUGGCUACGACUGUUAUUCGGGCGGGAGUUCCCUCGGUCAGAAAUACCCAAUUUAUGGGGGUUCCUGUUCGCCGACGGACCAAUGCUACCGAACCUGCAUUAUGUCAUAGUCGCCAUGUUGAUAUCAAUGAGGACCACACUGUUAGACCCAGACCCAGGUGUGAUCCUAUCAGCAUUAAUGCGGCCUGUAUGUCUGUGUGUGGGCCACGUCUGUGCCCUCGCGUUACAUCUCUGCAGCCCACUUGAAUACCCACGACCGCCUGCAAGGGAACACUUGGUUAAUCAUAACCACUUAGCCGCUGAAAACACAAAGGACUGGAGUAUUGAGCAGGUCCCGUCGGAGGUCCGGCAGGGCCCCGGGCCGGGCGCGGACGACUCCGGGUCGGAGGGCGUGGCGGAGGGCGCGGACGUGGCGCGCGAGCUGGCGGCGCUGGCGCUGCUGCGCGCGCAGCUGCCGCCCGCCGCCGCCGCGCUCGCGCACGCGCUGCCGCGGCCCCCGCCCAGCGUGCAGCAGCCGCUGCAGCAGAUACUGCAGCUUGCAGCCCUCCUGCAAUGCCGCAACCAUGCCCUAAUUGAUGUGGAGACAGCGCUUGAAGCGGCAGAAGGUCAAUCAACCGAGAAGGGAGGCCGUCGACAGCUGGUCCCCGUCGCCAUGAUCAACCGACGGGACACAGGGAAACAGGUAAUCAAACCCGUCAGCAAGGUCAAAGAAGUGCCACUUAAAGUGUUCCAUCAAGGCGAAAGCCAACCUAGUGAUCUUCCGUGCUUGGACCCCUUAAGGCUAAGGACAGAAUGACUAAGGACUAAAAUUAUGUUGUAUAGUUAUUAUCAUUAAUUGAACUGAAUAAGUGCGGUUUGAUGGUGUUUUCAAUGUAGCAGUGAUUAAAAUGACAAAACAGUAAUUGAAUUAAAACAGUUUCGCUCAGACCAUGCAUUGGUCCUUGUCGGCAAAUUGCCAAAAGCUACACAGUUAUAAGUGCUGAAAUCGUAUUUUUUUUUUGUAAGGUGCAAUAAUAACUAGUCGACCGAUUCGUACCGAAAGCACGUGAAGAUUAACAAUCCUACACAAGUACACAACCGCAUCAAAAAGGGUGUUCAUUUUCAAUUUUACAACCCCAGUUGAAAAUACUGGCAACCCAUUAGCUGUAACACUCAUAGGCCAUUGUAAAAAAUAUUUGUAAAACAGAGUUUCUGUGGGUCAUGAAUAUUAUAAAUACAAUAAUUCUUCAAGAAACAAAAUACAUUUGAAGUAAUGAAAUUAUAAUAAUAUUAUUAUUCAAAAUAUUGAUACUCAGUUACCAUAAAUGUUAAGUACAAAAGAGGUGGUUUAUUGAAUGAAUUAGUCACUGCUCACUUUUAACUAUUCAGUGUGUUGCCAAUAAAAAAAUGACAAAGUACAUAUCUAACUAAUUUAUGUAUCUGGUCAGACUAUAAAGCUCAAUUUCUAAAUUUGAAUAAGUGUUUAGGUUAUAAAUAUAUUUUUAAAUUACGUCUUAUAAAGCAUGUAAAAUCUUUAACGUCAUUUAAGAUUAAGGCGAAAGCUGUUUCUGCCCUUCGUGGUAUUAUGUCGCAACCUGAGACUUGCCAUCAUCUUGACCAGUACUUUUGUAUUUGUCGGAAAGAGACAACACUACGCUAUUUAGUGCGCUAUCUUCCUUCUACAACUACAUCAAUCUUGCUUUAGAAGAUGAUAGUAGGAAGAUCAUUCUUUGAAUAUCUUUAGUAAAGUUUCAUUUGGGUAUACAUAAUCAUCAAAAUUAUUUUAAGUUUGAUCAUAAGAAGGUGACGUGAUGUUUCGAAUCUUUGUUUUUUAAAUAUUGCACUAUUUCUAAAGUAGCUCGUCAUUUUUAAUAGAAGUCAAGAAUGUUGGUAUGUUAUAAGUCUAAUAUAAUUAAUUAACAAGUAGUAUAAUCUUGGUAUCUAGGAAAUUUAAUGUUUUAAAACGUAAUAUACCUUUAAUGUAAUUAUUCUAUGCGUAUUGUUGGUUCUUAAGGGUGCAUUUAAUUAUAAAAUCAAUUUUUUCGCUCCAUUUUUAAACGUUCACGAUUCUGUAGUACUCGCAAAAUUGGUUAAUUGAUGGAAUGCGAAAAGGAUAAAGAAAAGAAUAAUGAUCUACCCUCUUGCUAAUAUGUUAUAAAUACUAGGUUCAAUAAUUGCAAGUACAACAGAAUUAAAACCAUGAUAAUCUAAUGUGAUUUUUCUAGUUGUAAGAUGUAUAAAAUACUCUGAUUUAUAAAUUACGUGAAUCGAACAAUUACUUAUGUUAAAUUAAACGUUUCACGAACGUUCAUUGAACGUUUUACCGAAACAAACCAACUGACUUUUCAAGGUGAAAAUAUUGUUAAUUUUAUUCUUGAACGUGCUUGUAAACUAGCAAUAGAAAUGAACUUGAUAAUAUUAGGACUACACGUUUCAUUUAUUUAUUUUUAUACGAAACAGAAAUUAUAUUAUGGAAUAUUAUUUAUCUGUAUUACAGUAUUUAUUCUCUACAGUAUUCCAUGUACAUAAAAUCCGUUAUAUCUCUAUAACACUGUGUAAUGUCAAUUUAUGGAUCGACUAUUAACUCUCUUGUAGGUGCAACAGGGCCAACAGGUAGAUUUCUGGAGGCCCACGGCCGCUUCUUAAAGUAUUAUUAUACAGUUGUGGAAAAGAGACGGCAACAUUACACUACAUAGAGCGCCGUCUUUUUCCUAUAAUCUUACAUUUAGAGGCGGUGGCAGGCCCCUAAGAACAUCAAAACUGUACCUCAGAAUUCGGAGAUAAAUAUUGGCGUAAAAUGAUUUUAUAUUUAACUUUAUACUCAAAUUCAUAUUAAGUAACAUAAGAAUAUAAAAUUAAGUAUCUUCUAUAUGGAUUACGAAUCUAUGUAAAACUGUCUAAAAGGGAUUAAAUUGUUCAUUAUUGUAAGUUAAUUUAAGCUUAUACUAAGCCAAAAUAUUUAAGUAAGCCAUGUGUGUAUGCCCAAGUUCAAAACUAAGUGAUUUAUUUAAACAAAUCAGAAAUAGUUUGAUAAAAAAUGCGAUUUCAAUUAAAGACAACUGUAUUGUAAAAAAUAAUAGAAAGCGCUUUUAAUUGCCCUGCCUUUUUAAAUCAUAGUAAAAAGUUGGUCAUUGAUAGAUAUGCUAAAAGUUUUACUUAAUAUUUUGUUUCAAAGCAUAACAGGUAACAGGUACAAAAUAGACAUUACAACUAAACUGUUAAAUUGAAUGUGUAGUGUAAUAAUAUAAUCGCUGAAACAGUAUCCACCGCAAUACGAAGCGAAGUAACUAAACGUGGUUCCAAUAUUAAUAUGCAUAGAUUAUAUAUAUUUUGAAUAAACACUACUACUAAAUUGUAAAAUUGAACGCGUAGUGUAAUAUAUAAUAUAAUCGCUAAAACAGUAUCCAUCGCAAUACGAAGCGAAGUAACAAACGAAAUAAACGUGGUUUGAAUAUAUUAAGCAUAGAUUUUAUAUAUUUUGUGAUAGUGCUUGUUAUGUAUUGAAUGUUUAAAUAAUAUUGGCUGUUAUCAUAGUGAGUUUUGUACAAUGGGACAUAGUGCAAGAUAAGUGUAUAUAUGCUCUUUAGAUUUAAGCCAAAGAACAACUAUAUUAUACGUAUAUAUGGUAUGUAUUGGGCCAUUUAAAUUUUGAUUAAAGAAUAUUUUUUUGCCAAUUAC